UCUUUAGUAUAAUUUCAAUAUUUUAAAAGCUUGAGUUAUAUUGAAAUAGAAAAGACAACAUUAACUACCUAUAUUGGAUGACAGAAAAAUCGAAUUUAGAACCUUAGGCUCGUAUGCAAAAAAUAAAUACUCUUAAUCUACAUAACGACACGUUCUUUAUGUAACACCUACGAGGCUACAAAGGAAAUUCUCGCUCUCACAUUUUAUUUUUUCAUGAGUGAACGAUUGAGAUUCGACAGAAAGAGAAAGGGAAAGAGAAAAGAGAUUGGGCUUAAGAUGGGUUACAAAUGAUGGGCCGAAGAAGGCCGAGUAAAGCAGCAAAUUUUCCGAGUCCAUACGAGCCCACAAAACCCUAAUGACAUCAUAUCAGGGUCCACAGUCGUCACCGUCGGUUUGGAAUAAAACCCUAGCUUCCCUUCCAAAGUCCUGCAACUGUAUUUCUCAGAGGGUUUUACAUUUUGCAGUCAACCAUGUUGCCUGUGAAAACUGCCCAGAAAGGAAAGGCCACAAGAGAGCCAGAGGGUUCGCAGCCAACCUGGUUGCAAGUGAGAACUCCCAAGAGUGGAAAGGCCAGAAGAGAGCUAGAGAAACGUGCCCCCAAGAUCGUUGAGACGGGGAAGAAGACGUUGAUUCUUCACGGUAGGAAGACGAGUAGUGUGAUUAAUUCUGCGUUAUCGGACCUUUACCAUUUGAAGAAGGACAGUGCUGUGAAAUUCAGCCGCAGGAAUGAAGAUAUUAACCCUUUUGAAAGUGGGGGUGAUACUUCCCUUGAGUUCUUCUCUCACAAAACCGAUUGCAGCAUUUUCGUCUUUGGCUCUCACUCAAAGAAGCGGCCUGACAAUCUUGUCAUAGGGAGAACUUAUGAUCACCAUAUAUAUGAUCUUGUAGAGGUUGGUGUUGAAAACUAUAAACCAUUGGAAUCGUUUACAUAUGACAAGAAACUAGCACCACGGGUGGGGACGAAACCUUUCAUUUGCUUUAUUGGAGAAGGAUUUGAAAGCGCAGGAGAGCUGCAACAUUUGAAGGAAGUUUUGCUUGAUCUGUUGCGAGGAGAGGUUGUAGAGAAAUUAAAUCUUGCCGGUUUAGAUCGUGUAUAUGUAUGUACAGCUAUAUCUUCUAAAAAAGUGGUUCUUACUCAAUGUGCACUGCGACUUAAAAAAUCUGGCACAGUAGUUCCACGGAUAGAGCUAAUUGAAGUUGGCCCCUCCAUGGAUUUAGUAGUUCGUCGGCAUCGCCUUCCUAAUGAAAGCCUAAGGAAAGAAGCAAUGAGAGAAGGCAAAAAUCAGCCUAAGAAGGACAAGAAUAUUAAACAGGACCUACUGCGGGGCAAGGUUGGGAAAAUCAACAUCCCAGAUCAAAAGAUUGGAGAUACGGUGUAUUAUCACACAAAGGUUGGUGAUACAUUUGUGCCUAGCAAAACGAAGGGAGUUAAAAGGGAGCGACGCGAAGCUAGAAUGAAACACGAGGGUAAUGAGCGUACACCAAAGGUUCAAGACAUGCUAGAGCCCAAGAAAGCAAAAAAACUUAAAAGGGAGCGCCAUGAUCCUACAACAACCAAGUAUGCCGAGUGAGUCUUCAGACAAACGGACUCUGCAGGGGUUUAAGUUGAGUUACUCCCUUGCUACUAACAGACUUUGGCUUUUCGGCCAGUGCUUGCAAGGAUUAGAGUCAGCAGGUGUAAUGGAUCUCCACGGAGCUCGGGAUUUUUGUUCUUCCAUAUUUCACAGAUCUAGCUUAUAUAAUUAGUUGCAUUCCCAGCAUGAGUUAUAUCUGUUGUAUUCCUUCUGCUUCAAUAGCCUCUUCCGUCUCCGCGAGUUAAAAUUAGUUACUGCGUCAGCAAUUUGUUGCCUGAAAGGCUCUGUUAUUCGACAUUCCAAUGUCAAGAUUGGCUUUAUGUUAUGUACUGUUGUCUCUUUCUUUAGUUAUAUUUCUGA